AUUAACAUGCCUUUAGUAGUUUUGUGUGGUUUUCCAUCAAGUGGCAAGACUAGGCGAACAAAUGAAUUGAAGAAACAUGUAGAAACAAAUUACCCCAACAAGAAAAUUCACAUUGUUAGCGACCAUAACAAUGGAGUUGAGAGAAAUUCGGUUUAUGCAGAGUCCAGGCGAGAGAAAGAGGUUCGGGGAUCGCUAAAGUCAACAGCUCAGAGAUUACUGAACAAAGAGGACGUCGUCAUACUGGACUCCUUGAACUACAUAAAGGGUUUCCGAUAUGAGCUGUUCUGCGUCACGAAGGCCUGCCACACACCGCACUGUGUUAUAUUCUGUGAUAUCAGCUCGGAGCGUGCGUCAGAGUUCAAUCUGCAGCGAGAUGAGCAGGACAGAUACACUCAGGACAUCUUUGAUGGGCUGGUGAUGAGGUUUGAGUCCCCCAACUCCAGCACAAGAUGGGACAGCCCUCUGUUUGUUGUCCAAGUGGAAGACGACCUCCCCACUGUACAAAUCUGCCAGGCGCUGUUUGACCGGAAGCCACCGCCCCCAAACCAGUCAACACAGUCGCAACCUCUCUCCUCCACUAACUUCCUGUAUGAACUGGACCGCAUCACCCAGGAAACACUCACUGCCAUGAUGGAAGCACAGAAGAUGGGUCUGCCUGGAGACAAGAUCACCAUCCCCGGCGCCACGGAGAAAAUAGAGCUAACAAGAACGAUAACUCUGUCGGAGUUGCAUCGGCAGCGACGUCAGUUCAUCACAUACACCAAGAUGCACCCAGUGGAGGAUACAGCGCGACUAGCAAACAUGUUCGUACAAUACCUCAACAACAGUCUCAGGUGACCCCAGCCUUUCUCACGAAGAUGUGACUGUCUAAAUUUUAUUUGUAAAUAUAAUUUGUAAAUAAAAUUUUCUUUUAGAAA